CUCUUUCUAGACACCUUAGAGCCUUGUGCCUAUAGAACUAGAGGAACUAGAGGAACUAGACUUUUCCAUAUACCUCCUCCUUUCACGAACCUAGACACUAUACCAUCUUUUAACAUGCCGGCUGUUACUGCUACCCCCUCUGCUGCUACCACUCCUGCUUCCCUCAAGGCCGCUGUUGCGCCUGUUGCGCCUGCUCAGGGCCAGUUUGAUAUUACUGGCCUCUUUGUUGCCGACAAGGCUGCCCGUUCGGCCGCAGCUGCCCAGCUUGCCGCGCUCGCUGAAAAGGAAGGUCCCGCUGCACUUCAAUCCGUCGGCUUCACCGAUGCCGUCGUGAAGGCUCUGAACGACAAGAAGUCCCCCGCUGCCCGCGAAGGUGCCGCUAAUGCGGUCGCUGCCUUCGCGCAGUCGCCUGCUGUCCGAGCCUUUGAGCCUCUCUUCGUCGACAGCGGCAUCUACGCUGCUCUCCUCGAGGCCUUCGCCGAUAAGAUGCCCGCUGUCAGGACGGCGGCCAUCGAGGCUGUGCGUCUGUACGUCGCCGCCAUGAACCCCUGGGCUACCCGCCUUGUCCUACCUGUUCUCCUCCACGAGAUUAAGACCGCCGGCAAGUGGCAAAUCAAGACCGGCUCGCUCGCCAUCCUUGACCAGCUCAUCGCCAGUGCUCCCACUCAGGUUGCGCGCGCGACCCCUGACAUUGUCCCCAUCCUCUCCGAGGCGAUUUGGGACACCAAGGCUGAUGUCAAGAAGGCGGCUCGCGCUACCCUCGAGAAGACGACUGCGCUUGUGUCCAACAAGGAUAUUGAGCGUUUUAUCCCGGCCCUCAUCGACGCCCUUGUCAACCCCGUCGAGAAGGUCGUCCCCACCAUUGGUCUCCUGUCAGCUACCACUUUCGUCUCUGAGGUCGACUCCCCGACCCUGUCGCUCAUGGUCCCGCUUCUCGCGCGUGGUCUUACCGAGAAGCUGACCGCUACCAAGCGUAAGGUCGCUGUCAUUGUCGAUAACAUGUCCAAGCUCGUCGAUUCCGAGGUUACCGUCCGCCCCUUCGUUCCCAAGCUGCUUCCCGGCCUCAUCAAGGUCGAGUCGACCAUUGGUGAUCCCGAGGCCCGCGGUGUUGUCGGCCGUGCUAUUGCUACCCUCCGCCAGGUUGGCAACGUCCCCACUGGCGACGGCACCGACCUCCCCCCGCUCAAGCUUGCGGACGAGAAGCAGCUCGCGCAAUCGCUCAUUGCCAUCUACAAGAAGCUUGGUGCCAACCCCGUUCCCUCUGCCGGUAACGCCGAGACCAUCUAUGCCUCCAACCUCGCGAUGAACCUCGUCAAUGCCAAAGAGUUCGACACCAACCAGUGGCAGGGUCUCGUCCCUUACCUCGCUUUCCUUACCGCGACCCCUGAGCCCGUCACUGUUGCCAACGAGUGGGUCGUCAAGUCCGCUACCAUCGGCGAAGAUGCCGACGAGGCUCUCGAGGACGAGGAGGAGGGCGAGGACCUUUGCGACUGCCAGUUCUCACUCGCUUACGGUGCUAAGAUCCUGCUCAACACCGCUACCCUCCGUCUCAAGCGCGGCAACCGCUACGGUCUCUGCGGUCGCAACGGUACCGGCAAGUCGACGCUCAUGCGUGCCAUCACCAACGGUCAGGUCGAAGGCUUCCCCUCGCCCGACGAGGUCCGCACAUUCUACGUCGAGCACGACAUCGACGGCUCUGAGGCUGACACCUCCGUCCUCGAGUUCAUUGUCUCCGACAAGCGUGUUCAGGCCUCCAAGGAAGAGAUCGUCGAGGCGCUCGCGUCCGUCGGUUUCUCUGACGAUCGUCAGGCGCAGCCCAUCGGCUCGCUCUCCGGUGGUUGGAAGAUGAAGCUUGCGCUCGCCCGCGCGAUGCUCUUCAAGGCUGACAUUCUGCUGCUCGAUGAGCCGACUAACCACUUGGACGUCGUCAACGUCGCUUGGCUCGAGAGCUACCUCACGAGCUUGACCACUUGCACUUCCAUCAUCGUCUCGCACGACUCCGGUUUCUUGAACAAUGUCAUCACCGAUGUCCUCCACCUCAACCGCUUCAAGCUUAAGCGCUACCGCGGGAACCUCGAGGCCUUCAUGAAGGCCGUUCCUGAGGCUCGCUCAUACUACACGCUCGAGGCAUCCGAGGACUAUCAGUUCAAGCUCCCCGACCCCCCUCUGCUCGAGGGUGUCAAGACCAAGGAGAAGUCGCUGCUCAAGAUGCGCAGUGUCGGCUUCAAGUAUCCGACGCAGACCCAGCAGCAGCUCUACGACGUCACUCUCCAGGUGUCGCUCUCCUCUCGUGUCGCUGUCCUCGGUCCCAAUGGUUCCGGCAAGUCGACCCUCGUCAAGCUGCUCAUCGGUGACACCGAGCCAAACUGCGGCGGUGAGAUCUGGAAGCACCCUAACCUGGUCAUCGGCUACGUCGCCCAGCACGCGUUCCACCACAUCGAUCAGCACCUCGACAAGACUCCUCUCGAGUACAUGCUCUGGCGUUACCAGACCGGCGAGGAUCUUGAGGAGAUGAUGAAGGGUUCGCGUCAGAUCUCCGAGGAGGAGCAGAAGAAGAUGAAGGAGGGUUCCACCGUCGUCGUUGAGGGUCAGAAACGCCUUAUUGACGAGAUCCUGACUCGCAAGAAGCUCAAGCAGUCGUACGAGUACGAGAUCUCUUUCAAGGGCCUCUCAUCAUCCGAGAACAUUUGGAUGCCCCGUGACGAGCUCAUCAAGCGUGGCUUCGAGAAGAAGGUCCUAGAGGUCGACACCCGCGAGGCCCAGCGCCUCGGCCUCCUCCGCCCUCUCGUUCGUCGCGAGAUUGAGAAACACUUCGCCGACUUCGGUCUCGACCCGGAGUUCGUCUCGCACAACACCAUGCGCGGUCUUUCCGGUGGUCAGAAGGUCAAGGUCGUCCUCGGCGCCGCGACUUGGCGCCGGCCGCACGUCAUGUGUCUCGACGAGCCGACGAACUACCUCGACCGCGAGUCGCUCGCGGCGCUCAUCAAGGCCCUCAAGGAGUUCGAGGGCGGUGUACUCAUCAUCACGCACAACCGCGACUUCUCCGAGUCCAUCUGCAAGGAGGUCUGGGCGAUGCGCGACGGCCGCCUUGAGGCGUCCGGCCACAACUGGGUCGAGGGCCAGGGCUCUGGCCCGCGCAUCGACAAGAAGGCCGGCGAGGACGACGACCAGUACGACGCGAUGGGUAACAAAGUCGAUGUCAACAAGAAGAAGAAGCUCACCUCCGCCGAGGCCCGCAAGGCGAAGAAGGACCGUAUGGCACGUCGUAAGCGUGGCGAGGAGGUCUACAGCGACGAAGAGCUCUAAGCGAAAACCAAAAAGUAAAAUCAUGUGUAGUGUUUUGCGUCCCCUUCCGUCUGUUGUUGUUAAUCUGGAUCGUCGUCGCACACAUCUGUUGUUUAUUGUUCAAGGACGUUCUCGGUCAAUAUCUGUAUGAUUUCUUGUACUCCAUAUCUCUCUAGAGCAGCAAUAAUGAUUGUCAUGAAAUCGUG